AGGGUCAGGAUGGUGAACUGCUGUGGUCUCGUGUCUGACAGAAAUGUGCCAGUUCCUCUGAAGAGCAUCUCAGUGGAGCUGCAGGUUAAGGAUCACGUGGCCUCCGUCAGCUCCAGUCUGCAGUAUGUCAAUGAGGAGGAGCGUCCGCUGGAGGCCGUGUUCGUCUUCCCGCUGCCCGCCGAUGCCGCCGUCUGCCACUUCAGUGCCAAGAUCGGAGAGCAGGAGAUUGUGGCAGAGGUGCAGGACAAACAGAGCGCGCGGGAUCAGUAUGAUGAUGCUGUGAGUUCGGGUCAGCAGGCGUUUCUGCUGGAAGAGAGCGAUGCGAGUUCAGAUGUGUUCAAACUGAGCGUCGGGUGUUUGUCUCCGGGUCAGACUGCCAUCAUCUCCAUCGUCUACGUCAUCGAGCUCAGUGUUCAGGCCGAUCAUGCGCUGCGCUUCUGUCUGCCGGCUGUACUCAACCCUAGAUACUCACCUGCAGCUUCAGCAGCCAGUGUUCCAGAAGUUUCCUCAGCAUGUGUUAUUCCCUACACACUGUCUCUGAGUGUCGAUGUGAGAUCUUCAGACCGCAUCUCCAGACUGGAGUCCAGCUGCCCUCUGGAUCCUCUGGUGUUCCUCGACCCGGAUCAUACGCAUGCCACGGUGAAUCUGAGUGCUGGUCACCGGUUCGAUAAGGAUGUUGAGCUGUUUCUGUACUAUGAGAAUACCCAUCAGCCCACUGCUGUAGUGGAGGCCGGAGCAGCCACGGCUCAGCCAGGGUGUCUGAUGGGCGACCCAGUGCUCAUGAUCAGUUUGUACCCAGAGUUCCCUGCAGACAUGAUGUCAUCAUUGGCAUCUCAAGGCGAGUUUUUUUUUGUGGUUGACAGAUCAGGCAGUAUGGGCCGCAGGAUGCAUCAUGGGAAAGACGCACAGAUACGCAUUGAAAGUGCAAGAGACACGCUGUUGUUGCUGCUGAAGAGUCUGCCCAUGGGAUGCUACUUCAACAUCUAUGGAUUCGGCUCUCGAUUUGAGUCCUUCUUCCCUCAGAGUGUUGUGUACAGCGAAGAUACGAUGGAAGAGGCUCUAAAGAGAGUGAAGAACAUGAGGGCAGACAUGGGCGGCACACGGAUCCUCCAGCCUCUGAAACACAUCUACAGUCAGCCCUGUUACCCAGAUCACCCCCGACAGCUGUUCAUCUUCACUGAUGGAGAGGUGUGCAACACUAAAGAGGUGCUGGAUCUGGUGAAAAGUCAGGCUUACUGUCACAGGUGUUUCUCCUUCGGGAUCGGUGAGGGUGCGAGUACGGCUCUCAUCACAGGAAUGGCCAGAGAAGGUUCUGGUCACGCUCAGUUCAUCACAGGCACUGACCGCAUGCAGCCCAAAGUGAUGCAGUCACUCAGGUUUGCUCUCCAGCCGGCUGUGGAUAAUAUCUCUGUGGACUGGACCGUUCCUGAGGGUGUUACGGUGGACAUGCUGUCGCUACCCAUCAACACCCUGUUCCAGGGUCAGAGGGCACUCAUCUAUGCGCAGCUGAAAGGACAGAGUUCAGGAAAGACAGAAGGAGCAGUAACUGUGAAAUACAGGCUGAAGGAUCAACCAGUGACUAACCAGCUCCAGUUUACUCUUAAACCAACGGAAGACACGGGACUGACGAUCCACCGUCUGGUGGCCCGGUCUGUGAUCCGCUCUCUGGAGCUGGAGGGGCGGGCCAGAGGAGCAGACGUGGAGGCCGUCAGGAGCAGGAUCGUGGAGCUCAGUGUUCAGGCAGGAGUGAGCAGUGUUCAUACAGCCUUCAUCGGUGUUAAUAAACACAGCAAACAGACGGUGAAAGGGCCGCUGCUGCAGAGGAGAGUGCCAAUAUGGGAUAUGUGCCAGGGUCCCCUGAGAAUGUCCAAAUGUUUGGCUAUCAAGGCAGGACGUAAGAGAAAAUUGGCGGCUCCUCCAAUGGAAUUUCGUUCUCUAAUGUCAUGUGCCCGUGGAUCGGCGUCUGCUGAUGAUCUCCCAAAUUGGGCUCCUCUAACAGAUCUUGGAUCUCUAAUGUCCGAACCCGAGCCCCAGAUGGACCCUUUGCUCCGGCUGGUCUCUCUUCAGAAGGCCUCGGGAUGCUGGGAGCUGAACGCCGCGCUGGCUGCUGUGUUUGGAAAGGCCGAGGACGAGGUGACCAAUCACCGACCGGCACAGGUGGACGGGUCAGUGUGGGCCACCGUUCUGGCUCUGAUCUGGUUAUACUCGUGUAGAUCAGGUGACCAGGUGGAGUGGCAGUUUGUGGCCGUGAAGGCGGCGUCAUGGAUCCGCUCUCAGAAACCGGACGGCCUGUCUCAGUGUGUGUGUGACGGGAACGUCCUGUUGGGAUGUCAGGUGACUGAAGGCAUGCUGGGAAUCUGAAGACUGUCAGAAGAACAAAUAACUCUCAUGCUUUAUCAUAAACAGAAUUAACAGAGAAACACUGACACAUUUCAUUUUGUAUCGGUGACAGAGGGAUUUUUAGUAUAUGUAAGCUUUAGGGCCUGACCUCAAUUCAUGUUAUUGCUCUAAAUAUGAUUCUGAAUGUAUAAUCUUAUGCUACUUUAUGUUCUGUACCUUUUUAUCUUUUAUUUUGAAAGAAGUCUUUUAUGCUCAUCAAGCCUGCAUUUAUUUCAUCAAAAAUACAGAAAAAAGCUGAAUUUUCAUCAUUACUCCAGUCUUCAGUGUCACAUGAUCCUUCAGAAAUCACUCUGAUAUGAUGAUUUAUUAUCAAUGUUGGAAACAGUUGUGCUGCUUAAUAUUAUUUAUAACCUGUGAUGCUUUUUUUCAAAAUAAAAGUCUUUUAUAAAUCAUCA